AUGUAUCACCAGGAGCAGGCGUCAAGGGGUUACCAGGAGAAAUUGGAGUCUAAGAUCCACCAAACCGAAGCGUGGCAAAAGGAUAUGACCGAUUACCUUGCACAGCUGGAGGAUGCUCUCUCACAAAGCAAGUAUGAGAUGUGUAACCUGGAAGCGAGGUUAGCACGCGUUGGCUGGGAGAAAGAAUCUCUACUCCAAAGCUUCCAUUUGGAGAGGGCGAGAGCAAAGGAGAUGGAAUUGCGUCUUGCAACUUCGCUAUGGACCGAGUCCCACAUCACAACAAUAAAUGGAGGCGAAGGCCAUCUGGAGAACGCUCAUAUCGAAGCUCAGGGCAACACUCAUGCGACGUUGGAACACGGACGGCUAUGCGAUUCCAUCUCAACGUUGCGAGCUACUGUCGAGUCGUUGGACAUUACUAUGCAGCAAUUCACGGAAGCGCUGCCAAAUAUGCGUGAACGAGUCCGCUACACUCAGAUGACAGCAGAGGAUGGCUCCAGAUGCGUUUCAGAGAGAGGCAAGGACCCCUGUGCAUGA